UCGUACUAUCAGCCCGGACGAGGAGCAUGAGACGAGGGCAUCAGCGAACCACAGCCCCGCUCUGAGCUCCGAACACCCCGUUCUUUGUAGCUGCAGACAUAAAAGAGAAACAAGAUCGCGUUUCUUUGCACAAUGAAGCCAUUCUACGCAAAUUUCUGUUCAUAAACUCCGAAAUCGUGUGCUUUAUCCACGAAUGAUGGCAGUUCCGCCCCGUGCGCUCUUCCGACGUGUCACGGGACCUUGUGAAGAGCUCUCCCGGCUCUGAAUGAUCUGGUGAAGCAGACACUUUGUGGACUAGUGUGCUGUUCGUAACUGGGAUCUCAGCCAUGGAUGACUCGGGAAUAAUAAGACGGCGUAGGCUGCAGGAUUUGCCCCUGCCCCGCAAGAACAGCAGCUGUCGUGCCAGUAACAGGAAGAGUUUGAUCCUGACCACCACAUCUCCCACUCUGCCACGGCCACACUCGCCCCUGCCCCUCCCAGGACACCUUGGAAGCAGCCCCUUGGACAGCCCCCGAAACUUCUCCCCAAGUAAUCCAGCUCACUUUUCCUUUACCUCAUCCAGAAGAGCGGACGGAAGGAGGUGGUCCCUGGCGUCCCUGCCCUCGUCUGGAUAUGGCACCACCACGCCCAGCUCCACGUCAUCCAGUUCGUCCCAGGAGCGUCUGCACCAGCUGCCCUUCCAGCCCACCAUGGACGAGCUGCACUUCCUGUCCAAACACUUCGGCAGCUCGGAGAGUAUCACGGACGACGACGGGGGGCGCUGUUCACCCCACAUGAGGCCACGCUCUCGGAGUCUUAGCCCGGGACGGUCCUCCUCUUCCUAUGACAAUGAGAUAGUGAUGAUGAACCAUGUGUACAAAGAGCGCUUUCCUAAGGCUACCACUCAGAUGGAGGGGCGCCUGGCUGAGUUCAUCAAAGUCUACUCUCCAGACAAUACUCUCCCUUUGGCUGAUGGAGCCCUGAGUUUCAUUCACCACCAGAUCAUUGAACUAGCCCGGGACUGUCUCACCAAAGCCCAGGAAGGCCUCAUCACGUCGGUCUACUUCUUUGAACUGCAGGAGAACCUGGAGAAACUCAUCCAUGAAGCCAUUGAGCGAUCUGAGAGUGCAGAGGUCACAUUCAUCACAGAAAUGGUGAAGAAACUGCUCAUCAUUAUCUCCAGACCAGCACGACUUUUGGAAUGUCUGGAGUUUAACCCAGAGGAGUUUUACCAUCUAUUGGAAGCUGCAGAGGAUCACGCAAAAGAGGGUCACCUCAUGAAGACUGAUAUUCCUCGCUACAUCAUCAGUCAACUGGGCCUGACGCGGGACCCCAUUGAAGAAAUGGUGAAUCUGGACAGUUACGAGAGUGAGGGCCCAGUGACACCUGAGACGGAUGACUCCACUGAGGGAAAAAUAAAAGCGAUGAAGCCUCCAGGAGAAGCCGACUUCCAGACCAUCAAGCUGAUCAGUAAUGGAGCGUAUGGGGCGGUAUAUCUGGUGCGACAUCUAGAGACUCGGCAGCGUUUUGCUAUGAAGAAGAUUAACAAACAGAACCUGAUGCUGAGGAACCAGAUCCAGCAGGCCUUUGUGGAGAGGGACAUCCUGACCUUUGCUGAGAACCCUUUUGUGGUAUCCAUGUUCUGCUCCUUUGAGACCAGGAGGCACCUCUGCAUGGUCAUGGAGUAUGUGGAGGGUGGAGACUGUGCCACUCUUCUGAAGAACAUUGGUGCACUGCCUUUGGAAAUGGCACGACUGUACUUUGCAGAGACUGUGCUGGCUUUAGAAUACUUGCACAACUAUGGCAUCGUACACCGCGACCUCAAACCUGACAACCUUCUGAUAACAUCCAUGGGCCACAUCAAACUAACUGACUUUGGCCUGUCUAAGAUCGGCCUGAUGAACCUCACCACAAACCUGUACGAAGGACACAUUGAGAAGGAUACCCGGGAGUUCCUGGAUAAACAAGUAUGUGGUACUCCGGAGUAUAUUGCCCCAGAGGUGAUCCUGCGUCAGGGCUAUGGUAAACCGGUGGACUGGUGGGCCAUGGGCAUCAUCCUCUAUGAGUUCUUAGUGGGCUGUGUGCCUUUCUUUGGAGACACUCCAGAAGAGCUGUUUGGACAAGUCAUCACGGAUGAUAUAGAAUGGCCUGAUGGAGAUGAAGCUCUGCCUGUAGAAGCACAGGACCUGAUCUCCUGUCUACUGCAGACUGACCCUCUGAUUCGACUGGGCACCGGUGGUGCAUAUGAGGUGAAGCAGCACCCAUUCUUUUCAGAGGUGGACUGGAACAGCCUGCUCAGACAGAAGGCAGAGUUCAUCCCUCACCUGGAGUCUGAAGAGGACACCAGUUACUUUGACACCCGCUCUGAGCGUUACCACCACAUUCACUCUUAUGAUGAGGAUGAUACCAAUGAUGAUGAGCCUGUGGAAAUACACCACUUCCAGUCCUGCUCCCCGCGCUUCAGCAAGGUUUAUAGCAGCAUGGAGCACCUGUCUCAGCUGGAACACAAACCCCAUGGCGUCACCCUCAGAGAGCACAAGGGUCCGCGAGAGGACAGGGUGGAGAGGAUGGCCAAGAGGGAGAGUCUGGGCAGUCUGACACUCCGGGACAAGACCUGGAGGACUGGAUCACCAGAACUAAAGCGCCUGUCCUGCUCUGAGUCGUCAUUUACAGAAAGUGAUUCCAGUCCUCCCUCUGGAGUCAGGAGGAGGUUCUCGGCUCUGAUGGAUUCACACAGACUGGUCACAGACCCAGAGCAGAGCAGGCAGGGCACAGGGAAGACCAGGGGUUCAUCACUAGAGGGCGCUACAGGUGCCGGAAACAGCCAGGGGGAUCUGAGGGCAUUUCUGAAAGAGUGCGCAACAAUCACAUCAGGAGACAAGCUCAGACCAGACACUUCCCUGCCUCUGCCAGUCAGUGCCACAGUCCUGGGGCUUCCAGAUCCUCAGGGGCCUCGAGGGGCCAUCACUGACCUGGUUCUGCGCAGGGCCCACCACCACCACCAGCUCACCACAGAGGGGGAAAAACGCAAAGUCAUCAAAUCUGCCUCUGCCACUGCUCUCUCUGUCAUCAUUCCUGCUGUUGAACAACAUGGAGCAUCUCCUUUGGCUAGCCCCAUGUCCCCCCGCUCUCUAUCCUCCAACGCCUCAUCCAGAGACUCCUCCCCCAGCAGGGACUACUCCCCCAUGGUCAGCAUCUUACACUCCCCCAUUACCAUUCACCGCUCAGGCAAAAAGUACGGCUUCACCCUCAGGGCCAUCAGAGUCUACAUGGGAGACAGUGACGUGUACAGUGUGCAUCACAUGGUUUGGCAUGUAGAGGAGGGUGGUCCUGCUCAGGAGGCGGGGCUGAGUGCAGGUGACCUCAUCACACACGUGAACGGAGAGUCAGUCCAUGGGCUUGUCCACACGGAGGUGGUGGAGCUUAUUCUGAAGAGUGGGAGCAAGGUGACUGUUACAACCACGCCAUUUGAGAAUACCUCUAUUAAAGUGGGUCCUGCUCGUAAGACCAGCUAUAAAUCCAAGAUGGCUCGCCGCAGUAAGAGGAGUGGUGCCAAGGAGGGACAAGAUAAGAAACGCAACUCGCUGUUUCGUAAAAUUACCAAGCAGUCAAAUCUGCUGCACACCAGCCGCAGCCUGUCCUCUUUGAACCGCUCCCUGUCGUCUGGAGACAGUCUGCCUGGGUCCCCCACGCAUGGCCUGUCCGCGCACUCACCCACCCAGAACUACCGCACCAACAUCGAAUCGCCUUAUUUGGGCAACUCAUCUCAGAGCAGCUCCCCAGCCUCCAGCACUCCCAACUCCCCUGCUACCUCCCACCACAUGAGGCCCAGCUCUCUGCAUGGACUCUCCCCCAAACUGCAUCGUCAGUACCGCUCCGCCCGUUGCAAGUCUGCCGGCAACAUCCCCCUCUCCCCCUUAGCCCACACUCCCUCCCCCACCACAUCGUCUCCUCCACCCCUCUCCGGACACUCAGUGGGCAGCUCCAAUACUACACAGACCUUCCCUGCCAAGCUCCACUCCUCUCCACCAGUGUCACGACCUCGCCCUAAAAGUGCAGAGCCACCCAGAUCGCCUUUACUGCAGCGGGUGCAGUCGGCAGAGAAACUAGGGGCACCCAUCCUGCCAUCUUCCUCUUCCUCCUCAUCCUCACCUUCUCCUCUGACUGGUGGAGUUUCCCUACGCAAACACAGCCUGGAGGUGACCCAUGGUGACUAUAGAAGGGAGUCGUUUCACUGUGAACAUAGCUUACAGAGUUUGCUAGAAAUCGAAGGGGAAAAUGGCCCAGCUCCUCCCUCCCCAUCAUCUUCAUCAUCCCCAUCGCCACCACUGGGAGGAGAAAUCACAGGGUUAAAACCUUCACGAAGAAUGGGACGACAAGAAUCACCACUAAGCCGCGAAUCUAUACUCACAACUACAGGGAAGGACACUCAAGCGGUUGAACUUAAAGGGUCGCAAACUGGCAAUGCAGAUGCCAAAAUUGUGACAAGUGCAUCUACCACAACUGUAGAAAAAAUAUUGGAAGUUGCAGCUGAAACUAAAUCUAGCGAUGUGGAUAAAGGUACAGUUGUUAGGAGUUCACAGUCUGAGUCAACAACCUCAAAGAGUAAUGAGGAAAGUGAGAGGCAGCAAAGUGCGCAAACAGGCAGUGCGACAAAAGCUAAAAAGCAAGAUGGCAAACAGGCAGAAUGUGGGGCUAAUGAGAAGACAAAAGACAGCAAAACAGAUCCCAUGUCUAAAAGUAAACACCAGGAUGGUAAACAACACAAUUUACUCUCAGAUCAAACAAAUAAAAGCAAGCAACAAGACAGUAAGCAACAAAUUACACUAAUGGAAAAUCUUGCUAAGGCAAAACAAGAUGUCAAGCAACACAGUCUGCUAACAGACCAACCAUCUAAAGGUAAACAAGAUAGUAAGCAGCAAAGUGCACUUGCUGAAAAUUCUAAUAAGGUUAAACAACAAGACUGCAAACUCCAAAGUGUGCUAACUGACACUGCUAGUAAAGCUAAGGACAAAGUUGAAGAUAAAACAAAAAAUACACCUGACAAAGCAAACUUGCAGAAAAACACAGAGCCCACUGUAACCAAGUCACGCAAAAGUUCAGAAAUGUCAGAAAAGGUAGACGGAACAGAUAAAAAUAUAACUACCAAAUCUAAAGGACAAGCACCACCAGCACCAACCCAGGUCCAAGUUGGAAUUACACAGGCUCACUCAAGGAACAAAUCUGAAAAGCAGUCAACCAGCAGCUAUAGGACGGGUAAAGAUGACAGAGCUCACUUAGAGGCCCUGGAGGAAAACCCAAUGUCUCCAUCAUCUUGUACACCCUCACCAUCCUCAAGCAGGUCCAGGCCUAUGUCUCCUGGAGAUAAAAACAGCUUUGUAACUCAGCUUACAAGUGUGGCCAAAACUGUACUGGGGCCAAUCAAAGGGGGGUCACAGGAAGGAGUUAAAGUCAAAGAUAAAAUGAGUGAGGAGAAGAGAGGAAAUACAACAGGAAAAUCUGAGACUGGGGGUGGACGUAGAGGUGGUCAGGCAUCCCAGUCUGAUAAAACGAACAGCAGAAGCUCCAAGCAUCACUAGUGACAAAGACUUUUCCCACAGACUUUCCCAUGUAAUGCCUUUUACUGUAGCGCCAUACCAACAUAUCACAGUUAACUGAAAGGUACAAAAUAUCUGAGAAUAAAAGAAAAUGCUUAAAAGACCAAAAAGAUUUAGAAAAAAAGUUGUGAACAAAUAGCAUCAGCUCCUGUGGCUAUCGUUAACAGACCUGUGUAUGUCCUGAGCACUACAUUCUGUAUAAUUGCAUAGUAAUGUGCGUAUGUCUUAAUGCAUGUUUGACAUUGUACAUGAAUAAUACUGAAAAGGGAAGAUAAAGUGGACCUUAAAGGAGUUAACACUGUGAACAUUUGAACACAUUUAACCAUAGAACAAGUAUGAAAACUGGAUUCUGGCAUUAGAGAAAAUUACAGCAAAUGUGCAUAGUUUGCAAAAACAUGUCUCAAAAUGUAUCAGAAGUUGUAAAAAAGAAACCAGUUUUCAUAUGGACAAAUCCAGCACCAUGCUUGUGUCAGUUCAAACUUUCAUAGCAUCACAAUUUUCCACUUCCACACCAGUGUGGUUUAUCGAAUUCUCCAAAAUCCAGAGGUAAUCUUCACUUCCUACAGUGAAGAUUAACCCUGACAUGGAGCAAGACACCAAAUCGUUCCUAAUGGCGUUUGUUUGGGAUCAGUUUAAAGGGCUGCAUUUCUGUGGUAGAUGAGAUAAACUUGCACAGGGGCACCAUGCUAAUUUCCUAUCAAUUUUGGUGUCCCCGGUUUUUAUGUUUACAUUUUGGACUUUGAGAAGCAGUUGAUGAGAAAGAAAAGGGUUGCAAUAAUCCAAGCAAACAUACAUCCAUCAUGGUGAGAUACGUGCAAUUUUAUACCUUAGCCUUUUGUGUGAAUACAUAGCAGAAAUGUUAUUUCAGAUUUUUUGAGUUCCAAAUAUUUCAAAUACAGAAAAGUGCGCCAAGUACCACACAAUCUAGCACUUAUCAACAAAUAGGCUACAAGUAACCACUUACUCUUUUUCUAUCCAUUCAAAUAUAUGUAAUUUUUAUUGCUAUGUGUAAAAAGUGCCAGUGUUUUAUUUAGGAAUAUUGUGCUAUUUUUGUUUACAAUAUGAUGUAGAAUAAUAUGCAAUCCAACAGUGCCCGGUUCUACCAAACUGAGCACCAACCUGGUCAGUUGUUGAUUAAUAA